CAACGCCGCAACAACCAUGCCGGGGAGAACGUCGACGCGCUCGACGCGCACAACACGCACAACACGCGCAGCUGCCGGCACAAAAUCUGCGCGGUCUUCGGCUAUCGAAAUACCCGACGAAGGACCCGUCACCUCGCUGCGCACUCAGAUCGUGCAGGUAUUCAGCGAUGCACAGAAGACAACGGCAACACAGCGCAAACUAGUAGUCACUCUACGGAAAAUACAAGAAGCAUGUUGCUUCGAGCCCCCAGUCAGCUCCAAGAAGGGCAAGAAGGGCCGGGAAGAAGAGCACGAGGAUUUCGACGAGGAUGAAUUCAACCAUGAGGUGGUGCGCAGCGUGCUGCGCGUCUUGAACGUAAAGAAGAGCGAGCCCGCCGGUGACCGCGUCAUUCGCUUUCUCUGCGCCUUCCUCAAACAUGCGACAGAGAAGGACUACAGGAACUUCGCAGCGUCAACGGAGAACGAGAACGAACAGGUCGAGACGCCCAGCACCCGGCUCAACACGCAGAUCCUCAAAACCGUCCUCCGACUUCUCCAAUCGAAAGACAAAACCAUCCGGUUCCGCGCGACUCAGACCGUGACACAGCUGCUCAACUGUCUUGAGCAGAUCGACGACGACGUCUACGCUCUCAUCAGAGUCGGCCUGUCAAAGCGCCUGCGAGACAAGGAGACGUCUGUGCGCGUGCAGGCAGUUCUGGGCCUGGGGCGUCUCACGGGCAACGAGGAUGAAGAGGAGGAGGAGGAGGACAGCGAUGACGAGGCAGGCAGCCUUCUCGACAGGCUCGUUGCUGCCAUGGUCAAUGACCCAGACGCCCAAGUACGACGCGCCAUCCUGUCGAAUAUACCCUUCUGGCCAAACACGUUGCGCUUUCAACUGGAGCGAGCACGAGACUUGGACCCCGCUACACGACGGAUUGUCUACGCCCGGAUUCUACCGACCCUGGGUGACUUCCGUCAUCUCUCGCUAGUCGAGCGUGAGAAGUUGAUUCGCUGGGGUCUGAAGGACCGAGACGACGCCGUGCGGAAGGCUGCAGCACGGUUGUUCUAUGAACGCUGGAUCGAGGACUGCGCGUCCAAGCGUGACACACGACCGGAGGAGGAAAAAGUGCCAGGCACCACCGCCCCGCCAAAUCGCGAAGCCUUGUGCGAGCUCUUGGAGCGCAUUGAUAUCGUCCACUCGGGCGACGAUGAAGGCAUGGCGCAUGAUGCUAUGAAGGAAUUCUGGGCGGGAAGACUUGACUACCGCGAGGCCGAUUUGUUUGACAAUGACUUCUGGCUGAACUUGGAUCCGUCAGCAGCCUUUGUGGUGCGUAGUCUGAAUGACUACUGCCAGGAUACCGACGACGAUCGCGAACGAGAGAUGAUCCAAGACAAAUUGCCAACCGUCACGAAUUUUGCUGUCAUCCUCCAAAAGACGCUCAACACCGUCAUGCAGACUGUUGAGAAAGGUGCGCUGAUGGAUGAAGACGACCCUGAAGCGGACGAGGUACAGGAGUUGAUCGAGGAUUGCACUUUUGUCGCUAAGCAACUCCUGCAUGUCGCUCUCACACUCGACUACUCAGACGAAAUGGGAAGAAGGCAAAUGUACAACAUCACGCGAGAGGCGCUAGCCCAGCCUGGACUUCCGGAAGACUGCACGAAGCUUGCUAUCGAAGUGCUACGUAUCGUAUGCGGUAACCGUGGCGAAUCUGAUUUUUGCGCUGUUGUCAUGGAGGCCAUCCAAGAAGUGCGUGACACGCUGCUGGACGCGGAUGACAACACGGCUGAGGUUGGGGAUGAUGUAGAGAGCUUUCACUCUGCACACUCAGAGACUAGCAGCCCUCCUCCAGCUGGUAAGGAGGUGGCGAAGCCAGCAAAGGAACUCAGUCCCGAAGAGGAAGAGGAAAAGCGGAUUCGCGAGAUCAUGGUCUACUCCAAGUGUCUGCACAUUGUCCAGUGUACGCUUCAAAACGUGACAUGUGACCUGGAAUCAGACACCAACCUGACCAGCAUGUUGAACACACUGAUCAUUCCUGCUGUCCAGGCACGCGAAGCCAUGAUUCGUGAGCGUGGCGUCAUCUGCUUGGGAAUGGCCGCUCUCCUUAGCAAGGAUCUUGCCGCGAACAACCUUGACCUUUUCUUCCACUGUUUUACCAAGGGUCAUGACCAACUGAAGGAGAUCACGCUACAAGUCCUUGCGGAUGUCAUCAUCACACACCCGCAUCUCAUUGCACCGCCCGUGCCCGAUCCGGACACUACAGAACAAUCCGAGUUACCAGAGCACAAUCCCCGACUGAAGCCGCUCGUCAAGGUUUUGCUCAAGGGCAUUCAUUCCGAAAACACACGAGUCGGUCACAUCGCCUGCGAAGCAGCACAAAAGCUUGUUCUACACAAUCUUCUGCCCGCCGAAGCUACCGCGGAGAUUGUCAAGAACUUCACGCUAUUGUACUUCGAUCCCGAUGGCACCUCGAACCCUGGAGUAAGACAGGCGCUGAGCUACUUUCUUCCGGUCUUCUGUCACUCAAAGGUCAAAAACGCGCAGCUCAUGGCGGGCGUUGCCGUGCCAAUCAUCUCCAAACUUCUCGUCAUGCGUGACGAGAUUGAAGAUGACGAAGAUGCCGAGAUGGUCGGCUGGCCUGUCAUCACCGCGCAUCUAUCGGAAUGGACAGAUGGCCGUAAGGUCGUCGGUCAGACAGAACUGGGCCUUGACGGAAAAAUGAGCUCGAGCGCAGAAUCCGAGGUUCCUCACAUCGCCCUUGCCGUUGACAUCCUCGAGCGCGCUCUCACUAGCACAUGCUCGAAGGACGAACGCAAACCACUUCUUUCGCUACUGACCAAGCUGCACAUCUCCUCAUCCGCACCAAAGAGAAAGGAAGGCGAGACCACCGACAACGAACUCCUCGACACCCUCCAAGAACUCGUCUCAGAAGCAGUAGAAGACAAGAUCGGCGUGGACGCAACACAACGCAACGCCCUCGUUAAACUCGAAACCACGCUCACCAAGCGCCUAGGCGAUGCAGCGAACGCCACAGUCGUCCAGGAGGACCGCGAAGACACAGUCACACCCGAGACUGCCAAUCCUCGCGAAACGCCCGCUGAAGAGCCUCGCUCAAGUGUCGCUCCGUCCGUUGAUGGUAGUGAGAUGGAUGUUGAUGAGGACGAGGAUACGAUGUUGGCAGGCAUGCAAGGCGAGGGCACACGUAUGCCACUCGAGGCUGAUGACAGCGCCGAGGACGACGACGAGAGUACGCCGCGCGCUACAAGAGAAGGGACGGAGAAGACGGAGGCGGAUAUUAUGGAUGAGUUGCUUGCGAGUGAUGAGGAAAUGACCAUGUAAAAUGUCAUGUCGAUAUGUAUUGAUGACUUGGUGUUGUUUUGGCUGGCGUUGUUGGUUUCGGUUCUGCGGUCUUUCGUUGAUACCCCAUCGAUACCUAGGGUGGGUCGCAAUGCAUG